UUGCAGCUUAAGCGCCGCCGCGGUCUGAGGAAUGUCAACUAUUCAACAUGGAGGCGGAGGUCGAUAAGCUCGAACUGAUGUUCCAGAAAGCUGACUCUGAUCUGGAUUACAUUCAGUAUAGGCUGGAAUAUGAAAUCAAGAGAAAUCAUCUUGAUUCAGCAGGCCAGAAAAAUCCAGUUUCUGUCCUAAAGGAAUUGUCAGCGAUGAAGUCUCGCUAUCAAUCUUUAUAUGCACGUUUUAAACCAGUUGCUAUUGAGCAGAAAGAGACUAAGAGCCGCAUUUAUGCUACUUUGAAUAAGACUAUGACCAUGAUAGAAGAACUACAAAAGCAAACAGAUCUGGAGCUGUCACCACUGACUGAAGAAGAGAAAACUGUGACAGAGCAAUUAAAAUCUCACAUAAUAGACUCAUGAAGAAAUGGACUUGCAAAAGGAAACUAAGGAAGAGAUCCAUUCCAGAGAAAUUUAGGAAGAUGUCUUGUUAACACUUGAUAAUUGGAGGUGGGGGACUGGUAAAGGAGAGGAGUUUAUAUGUCUUUAAUAUGAGUGGAAAUAUAAGAGCCAGAUAUUAUCUACAUAAAAUUUAGCCCCCAUGCUUCCCCCAAAAAGAAAAGUGGAAUGGAAAUGCAGGGAUUUAAAUAUAUAUUUAUAAAUAUAUUCAGUUUUCUUUUUUUAUUUUUUGGUGAUGCUGGGGUUUGAACCCAGGGCUUUGUGCAUGUGAGGCAGGCACUCUACCAACCGAGCUAUAUCUCCAGCCCAAUAUACUUAGUUUUGCAUUUUUAACUCAAGGAAGUCCCUUAACACUAUUUUGGACCUUUUUUUUUUUUUUUUUUUUUUUGUAUAGUUGAGAUAAUGUAGAUAUUCUACCUUGUCAUAAAAUAAUGUUUAUGUAUAUUUCAGGCAGUCAGUGUGUGAAUGAGUAUGAUUUAGAAAUUAAAGAAUAAGCAACAUAUUGUUUAUAUAUAUAUAUAUAUAUAUAUAUAUAUAUAUAUAUAUAUAUAUUUGUUUAUUUAUAUAAAACUUACAUUUAAAAAAAAUUUUAGUUGUACAUGGACACAAUAUCUUUAUUUAUUUUUAUGUGGUGCUGAGGAUUGAACCCAGUACCUCACAUGUGCGAGGCUAGUGCUCUACCACCGAGCCACAACCCCAGCCCAAAAACUUCCAUUUUUUGAAAUGUUGAGUAUAGAUUGGAAUCAUUAUUGAUGAGACCAUUAAUAUAUGAUGUAUAAUCUCAUUAAACCUAAUUAAUGUAAUAAGUUGGCUUUUCUGUGAAAGCCUCACUUUUUUUUUUCCUAUUCUGUCUGCUAAUGUUGAACAACAUGAGCUUUUCUGCAAAUGCUA